AUGGGAACAGGCAAUGCAGUUACCCUUGGAUCACCUCUUGAAGGCAAGUUUCAGAGAGCUGCCACUGGCAGAGAGGCUGCUCAUCCAAGCAUGAAUGCUACCAGAAGCCCAGAAAAAGAGGAUUCUCAUGCUUCUGUGCAGGUCACUCUGGACCUCUUGCUGAAAUCAAAUACUGUUGCGAAAAACAGUGGAGAAGAGAAGCAACAGAGAAAGAAAGCACGGCUGGGACGUGGAGGCAAAGAGCAGGAGCCAGGAGGAUUAGAGGAGUCUACUCUGACGUGUAACAGCAGAAAGGCAUCACCACCUCAAGAUGGGGGUUUGAGUAGAAAAAAAAUCCAAGAAGAACUGCUUUUAAAGAAGUCACAACAGAAAUAAAAAAUAACCCCAUUAAAUUACAAGAAAGGGUUGUUUGUUCUGUAAAAAACAAACACUUCUUAUGAAUAUGACAAAAGGAGAAAGGGAAGCAAGAGGGGAUCAAUUGAGAUUGAGAAAAUCCGAUGUGUUGAGACACUGAAUCUUGAGGAAUCAACAACACCUCCUGCAAGACUUUUCAGAAGCUGGCUGAACAUGAGCCAGCAGUGUGCCCAGGUGGCCAAGAAGGGCAGUGGCAUCCCAGCCUGUAUCAGCAAUAGUGUGGCCAGCAUGACCAAGGAAGUGAUUGUCCCCCUGUACUGGGCAUGGCCUGUGCUACAUCUCCUUAUCAUUUAUUUCCUCUGUCUUCAAAAACGGAAGAGUGGAAGCCUGCCCCAGAGACUAUCACCAGAGAAGUCAGUCCUGAAUGUGGCUGUGGCCCAAGGCAACUACAAACCUGAAGGUAAUUCAGCUAUCCAGCUUGUCAGAAGCAAUAAAUACUGUGUACCACAAGAAAAAUAUUCUGACUGGUGGAAAAUAAUGGAUUGGGAAGGUUGUGGGAAUAAAGGAUUUGUAUUGAGCACUUACUUGAGAAAGCUGUUUCUGAAUGAUGAUAAGCCCAGGGAAAACUCCAGUGUCAGCAGACUGGCAGAAGAGCAGAGUAUUGCCAAGCAUAAUUGGUAUGCUGAUAUCUCCUGUGCCCAGUCUGAGCAGCUGCUCUGUCUGAAGGGAAAAGAAGGUGCUUUUAUGGCACAUAAUCCAGGGGAACAGCAGAGAUUCAAGUGUGAGAGAGAAGAGAAUGGAAAUGGGAAUAGGAGUGGGAAUGGGAAGGAUAAAAAAGGAACAGUCAAAUUACAUGUGUAUAAAACCCCUGAGCACAAGUAUUACCUUGCUGAAAAUUAUUGUUUUGAAUCAAUUCCCAAACUUAUACACUACCAUCAGCACAACUUCACCGGAUAUGUGAUAAGGUUCCAGCAUGCAGUGACUACAAAAGUAAAUAAGGUCCCAACCACAGCUUCAUCAGGAAAUCGAAUUUGGGAGUUGAAAUGAGAAAAAAUUGUCCUGUUGAGAGAGCUAAGGGUUGCUCAGUUUGGAGUGGUGCUUCAGGGAAAGUGGAAGGAAAAAUAUGAAGAGGCUAUAAGGAGGAUUAAAGAGGGAGCAGAAGAUGAACUCAUAGAAGCUCAGGCCAUGAUUAAAAUUAAUCCUCCCAAACACUUUAGACUGUACAAUGUAUGCUCAAAAUUAUAUCCUGCCUAUUUAGUGACUGAAUACAUGCCUAAUGACUAUUUGGUCAGCCACCUAAGGAGUCAUGGAAAGGAACCCUUCCUACCCUUUAGCUUUUUUGGAAGUAUGUUAGAUGUUUGUGAUGCUAUGGCAUUUCUGGAGAUCUGUCAGUUCAUACAUGGAGAUUUGGCUGCUAGGAACUGUUUGGUUGACAGCAAACUUACUGUGAAAGUAUCUGACUUUAAGAUGACUUGAUAUGUUCUGGAUGAUCUGAAUAUAAGUUCUCUAGGAACAAAGUUUCCAGUGAAGUGGUCAGCUUCCAAAGUUUUUCAUUACACCAAGUUGAGCAACAAGUCAGAUGUAUGGGCCUUUGGUAUCUUAAUGUGGGAGGUGUUCACUUUGGGAAAGCAGCCCAGUGAGCUUUAAUAUAGUAUGCCAGUGUUUGAGAAAGUUUCUCAUGGAUACAGAUUUUAUAGACCACAACAGGUUUCAAACACCAUCUACUAGAUAAUGGACAACUGCUGGAAUGAACUACCAGAAAAGUGCCCUGCCUUUUAUCAGCUCUUACCAUUUUUUGAGGCAUUGAGAGAAGGCAACAGAGGUUGA